AUGACAAUCUACCAGUCAUUUCCAGUUUUGAAUCAACAAUUUGUUGUUGACAAGAAAUACCAGUUUAUCCGUGAGAUGGGCCAAGGUUCCUAUGGUGUUGUUUGUGCUGCGAAGGAUUCAGAAACAGACGAACAAGUUGCUAUCAAAAAAGUCUGUCGUGUUUUUGAAAAGAGUAUACUGUCAAAAAGGGCCUUGCGUGAAGUGAAGCUUCUUAAACACUUUAAUGGCCAUGAGAAUAUAACAUCCAUAAUCGAUAUGGAUAUUGUCAAUAUUCAUGAUUUUAAUGAAAUCUAUCUUGUUCAAGAAUUGAUGGAAGCAGACCUUCAUCAGAUUAUUCGAUCAGGCCAACCAUUGACAGAUUCACAUUUUCAAUACUUUAUCUAUCAGUUAUGCAGAGGACUAAAAUAUAUUCACAGUGCCAAUGUACUUCACAGAGAUUUGAAACCAGGAAAUCUCUUGGUUAAUGCUGAUUGUGAAUUAAAGAUUUGUGAUUUUGGCUUGGCCCGAGGAUAUUCACCUGAACUUGAUACCACCGCCGGAUUUAUGACUGAAUAUGUAGCCACUCGCUGGUACAGAGCUCCCGAGAUCAUGCUGAGUUUCCAAAACUACACCAAAGCCAUUGAUAUGUGGUCAGUUGGAUGUAUAUUUUCCGAAAUGCUGGGAGGAAAACCUCUUUUCAAGGGUAGAGAUUAUGUUGACCAAUUGAAUCAAAUCCUCAGUAUUCUUGGCACACCUGAUGAAGAGACUUUGCAACGUGUAGGAAGUGAUAGAGCUCAAGUCUACAUCCGCAGCUUGCCAAAGAUGCCAAAAGUUCCGUUUCAGAAUCUGUACCCCAAAGCUAAUCCACUUGCUAUUGACUUGUUGAAUAAACUCUUGACAUUUGACCCCGCAAAAAGAAUGACUGUUGAAGAAGCCCUGGAACAUCCUUAUUUGAGUACAUACCAUGAUGAAGAUGAUGAGCCAGCUCACCAGCACAAUUUUGAUUUUACAUUUGAAAUAUUGGAGUCUUUGGAUGAUAUGCGCUCAAUGAUUAUUAGAGAGGUAAUGUCCUUUAAGGAUCACAAGAAUGGUAGAUCCACCCCAACGCUUGGACCAGUAGCCGCAAACUUGCGUAGAAAAGACAGUAUGUCUGCUCAUGAUCGUGAAACCCUUGAAAAGAGUAAAGAAGUAGCUGCACAGGCAAAGGCUGCUGGUGUUGUUGAGGAUACACCUGAUAAUCCAGAGACUACUAGUACCAGUGCUAGUAAAGAUGCAAGCACAAGUACUGCUACUGCUAAUGCCGAUACUAAUGCCAAUGCCAAUGCCAAUGCCAAAGCUAUCGCCAAGGCUAAUGCCGCUAUUGCUGCUGCUUCUACUGCUGACUAUUCUGACACUCUUCCAUCAUCUGUACCCAACCACCCAGCCAGCCCACCCACAGAAGUUGUUGAGCUGGAGAAGGAGUUGAGCGGUCUUGUUAAAUGAUAAGAAUAUCAAUGAUAGUGAUAGUGAUAAUACCAAAUAACAAUUAGUAAUAAAUAAUAGCCAGAAUACCCUUGUAAUUCC